CUCGGACAGCACCGCACACCGUCUCCUUCCUCCCCCCUCUCUCCCCCGAAAACGAGACCACGAGACCUUAGCUUAAAAAUCCACCCCUUAAUUCCAGAUCCGACGGCCCAGAUCUCUCCUGCCCGCAUCGCUCCGUCCAACCCCCCCCCCCCCCUCUUCCCCCCCCCCCCAUGUCGCCGGCGGCGGCCGGCGCCGCCUCCUCCGGCGAGGCGCCGCCGUCGCGCCAGCCCUACACCAUCCCCGCCUCGUCCGGUUGGUUCCGCUGGGACGACAUCCACGAGACGGAGCGCCAGGCGCUCCCGGACUUCUUCGGCGGCGCCGGCGGCACCGGCUUCGGGACGGCGUCGCGGAACCCCCGGAUCUACCGCGAGUACCGCGACUACAUCAUCAAUAAGUACCGGGAGGACCCCGCCCGCCGCCUCACCUUCACCGAGGUCCGCAAGGCGCUCGUCGGCGACGCCACGCUCCUCCGGAAGCUAUUUGGCUUCCUAGACGCCUCCGGCCUCAUCAACUUCUCCGCCACCUCCUCCCGCCCCGCGGCGCAGCAGCCUGGGCCGGGCGCCGUCGUAGAGGCGCCCCUGGGGUUGCAGGUGACGCCACGCCCGCCGGCGUCCUACUUCGUGGAAGAGAGAUUGGGAGGAGUGACCGGGGACGGCCCGCUCCGCCUCCCUCAGCUGACCUCGUACACCGAUGUGUUCGGGGAGUGGACGCCUGGGAAGGGGCCUAUAUGUGGCUUCUGCGGCGACGAGUGCAAGGACGGCAAGGUGGAAACCUUGAAGGAUGGUUUUAAAGUAUGUUCAACGUGUUGCAAAACCAAUAGUGCAAAGAAGGAGGAAGCAAAUAAAUGCUCUAUUGUUAAAAAGGAGAGCUCUGACAACCAUGCUUCCAGUGCAUGGACAGAUGCAGAGACGCUACUCCUUUUAGAAGGUGUCCUAAAACAUGGAGAUGACUGGGAUCUUAUUACCCAGCAUGUCCGCACAAAGAAUAAAACAGAGUGCAUUGCUAGGCUUAUUCAGUUGCCUUUUGGUGAACAUAUGCUGGGCAACAUAAAUAAUGGUAAAUCUGAUAGUAGGUUCCAUACAAACCAAACUACUGAUGGCAAAACGAACCACUUUAUUGUGAAGGAGGCAUCAAGUCAGUCGGCCGAUAUGGUUGAUGGCAUGCAGAUUGAUGGGGAGGAAGAUGGUGCUGAUAAAUUAGUUGAAGACCAUCCUUCAAAGCGUCGGCGUUUAUGUUCUUCAAUAGAUGUCACCAGUUCAUUAAUGGAGCAGUUAGCACUGCUGACUACCGCGGUGAGCCCAGAUGUUGUGGCUGCAGCUGCAGCCGCAUCAAUUAAAGCAUUGGGUAAUGAAAAUCCCCAAGCAAAGAAGGCAUUUCAUCUCAGCGAGAAAGAAUACCAAGUCAAAUCAUUCUCUUCUAACCAUGUCCAAGAGAGUGAUUGCAAUGUUGGCAAUAAGGAAGCAGAAAUGCAUGGACAGACUGUUCCUGAUAAGAAAACAGAAAAAAACUUUAUUUCUACCGCAUAUCAAGUGAGGGCAGCUGUUGGAACAGCUGUUGGUGCAGCUGCUGCCCGCGCGAAGAUGCUUGUGGACCAGGAAGAGCGAGAGAUGGAGCUUCUAAUGGCGUCCAUAAUUGAAACUCAGCUAAGAAAGAUCCAAUACAAGAUCAAACACUUUGAGGAGCUAGAGUUGAUCAUGGAUCAGGAGUACACCACCAUACAACAAAUAAAGGAGUCCCUGAUGAAGGAAUGGCAAACGGUCCUGGAGCGAGCAUUUCAGACUGGAGCACCGCUUCAGAGGGACGAAGUGCUCACAAGGCUGUUCCUGGACAGGUCUACUCCAUAGAGAAGCUGACUGGAGCCGAUUAUCCCUCCUCCUCUGAUCCGCCGCCUCGCCCUCUGACUGUAGUCCCUGUAGGUAAAGCAGCAUUGUGCGUGCGCGCAGGAGGGCGGGCGCAUCUGUAAAGGUGCUAAUUCAUCUAGAUAUGUUGUGCUUGGGGCCGCCCCUCAGCCCCCUGUACCAUGGUGUGCAAUUGCGCACAGCAGCAGCUCUGUUGUACCAACAUCCAGCUAGGGUUAGAUAGCAAGGGUUGCUGAUAGUCUGCUGUAACUUCAUUUUUUCCGGAUGCACAGAUGUUUGGUCGGUUCGGGGUGUCCGUAUUGUCGGCCCCGUUGUACUGUUUGGUUGAACAAAUAGUCGCUGUAUAACUUUCCAGUGUGAGCUUAGAGUACAUACCGUGAGAAUACCAUGGAUGUUGCUGGAAGAAA